AUGCGUAUCGUGCGUCACAGAAGUCGUCUUUAUCGACAGUACGGUGAAAAGUGGAAACGGCGGCGCUGUAGCGUCGGCUAGUAGUGACAAGAUGGCGACGCCCAGUGAACUGUCUCUCGAAGAAAUUCGUCAAUAUUUAUUGGAAAAUGGGGGUACUGCUCGUAAUCACGAUGUAGUGAAGUACUUCAAGAAGUUUUUGACAGAUCCAGAAACGCGAGUCGAGGCACGAAAUCAGUUCAAGGAAUAUGUAAACACCCUGGCUACUAUAAAGAACGAAGAGGGUGAAAAAUAUUUAGUUCUCAAGAAGAGGUAUCGUCAACUUCCUAUAGAUCUGGGGAUUUCGGACCAAAUCACAUCACCCAUAAAUACUCCUGAUAUAUCAACUCCGCUUUCUCCUUUACGAGUUCCGCCACCUUACCGACCACCACCUCCCGCGCCUCUUAGUCCUCCGACCAAUAAUACGAACCGCGAAGAAUCGUGUUCGAAUUUUGAUCGUGAAGAGGUCGCUAUUAAUGCGCGGAAAAAUGGCGUUGAAAGUAUCGAGACAGGAUUUUCAACACCCUCACCUCCUGUACCACCACGUCGUAAAAGUCAAGAUAAAGUCAAGAUGGAAAAUAAGGAGAAUGUCGACAGAAAUAGGGGAGGAUCGGAGGCAGUUAUCAAGGAAGAUGAGGCUGUCGCGACGAAUCCGGGCUCAACCGAGCAAUUAAGCUUCCGCGAGCGGAUGCAACGUUUCAACCGGAUGGCUAGCGAAACCGAUCUCCAAGGCAGGCCUAAUGGCACUAUCACACCUACUAAAAAGCGAUCUGACAAGGUAAUCGAUAAUCUUCUUUAAUACAUAAUCUUUAAAACGAUUACAUCGAUCGAUCACGUACGUUCAC